AUGGUUGUUCGAAGAGAGGGGGCGCUCUCGGACGCUGAUCGAGCGCGGUUCGGCGACAUGCCGCCAGACACGGCGACCACUGUGCGCGGAGCCUACCCCAGCCCUAACCCUGCCGCGGCGGCGGCGGUGGCUAGGACGAGGAGCAGCACCAGGGGGACGAUGGGCGUGCUGUACUGGCAGCUGUCCGAUACCUGGCAGGGGCCUAGCUGGAGCACGAUCGAGUACGACGGCGCUUGGAAGGUUUCCCACUACAUGGUGAGGCGUGCUUUUUCUAUCGUCUCGAUAGCGGGGACGGUGGUAAAGCGUCCCCGUGCCGCCGAGCAAUCCGGCGACGGCGUUGUAGACGAUGUGGAGGCCUCUUGGUUCGAGUGCAACUUGACGUCCGAUCUCGAGGGAGUAGUUGCUGGCUCCUACACGGUGAGCGUGUACCUGUGGGACGACGACUGCGACCCGGUAGCCUCGUGGGAGGGGACGGUCGGCCCGAUGUCGCCGGGAAGCACCACGAACGUCUUCCAGGUUACCACUGACGAGCUGAGGAGGGUCGCCGGAGCCGACAGGUAA